UGCAGCAAGCUACAAAGACGUUAUAGAAAAUGGAAGGUGCGUGCGCGAGUCUCAAUCUCUUAAACAAAUAGGCGCAGAUCUCUGAUUCUGCUUUGAAUUGGGGAUUCGAGUUCGACGGAGUUAGUGAUUCUCUCUGAUUGAGAAUCGGAGAGAGAGAUGGGGUGCUCGUUCUCCGGUUUGAAUGCUCUCUACGACGCCGUCAAUGGCGGUGGUGAUGUUUGGAUCAACGAGAACCGUUUCAGGAUUCUACGCCAGCUCGGAGAGGGCGGCUUUGCCUUCGUUUUCCUCGUCAAGGAGCUCAUCUCCGAUCCUUCCAAUCCUGCCGCUGGCAUUUCCGCCAAAAUCAAGGAUUCUUCGCAUAUCUCCGGUGAUGGAACAUAUGCAAUGAAGAAAGUGCUGAUUCAAAACAGCGAUCAGCUAGAGAUGGUGAGGGAUGAAAUACGUGUUUCAUCUCAGUUUAACCAUCCUAAUUUGCUUCCUCUUCUGGAUCAUGCAAUCAUUGCAGUCAAGACUUCACAAGAUCAGUCCUGGAAGCAUGAAGCUUACUUGUUGUUUCCUGUUCAUUUGGACGGAACAUUAUUGGACAACACCACGGCUAUGAAAGCUAAGAAGGAGUUCUUUUCCACCUCGGAUGUGCUUAAGAUACUUCAUCAGCUUUGUGCAGGACUUAAGCAUAUGCACAGUUUUGACCCUCCCUAUGCACAUAAUGAUGUCAAACCUGGCAAUGUCCUUGUGACACGCAGGAAAGGCCACCCACCUGUAGCCAUAUUGAUGGAUUUUGGUAGUGCCCGUCCUGCAAGAAAGCAAAUCCGUAGUCGUUCAGAAGCAUUACAACUUCAGGAGUGGGCUUCCGAACACUGUUCUGCUCCAUUCCGAGCUCCUGAAUUGUGGGAUUGCCCAAGUCAUGCAGACAUAGAUGAGAGGACUGAUAUCUGGUCGUUAGGCUGCACGUUGUUUGCCAUAAUGUAUGGUGAGUCUCCUUUUGAAUAUGCACUCGGAGAAUCAGGUGGGAGCUUACAACUUGCUAUCGUAAACGCCCAAGUAAAGUGGCCAGCCGGUCCCAAUCCACCUUACCCAGAUGCACUUCACCAGUUUGUAAAAUGGAUGUUGCAGUCCCAAGCUACGGUCCGGCCUCGGAUUGACGAUAUCAUAAUUCAUGUGGAAAAGUUGGUCUCAAAGUUUUCUGAUUGAAGAAAUUGCAAGGAAGAAUUAUUGUUGGGUGAUGGAAUGAGUUGUAUGGAGCGCCGUUUUAACUGUUUGCCUAUCUAUGAUACAUUAAUUUUGUUUGAGAUAUAGCAUAAAUUAUGUAAGUUUUGUCGGCAUUGUACAUGUUUAAAUCUCCAAAUAAUUGAUCUAUGGAUGAAUUAUACGUGAUACAAUUUUUAUUA